GAGAGCGCAGAGCCUGCGAGAGAGCCAGCAAGCGGGAACCGGGAACCGGAGCCCCGCGCCAGAGCUGGGCGCGCCAGGUAGGGUUAGCCUGUGGUGCCGUGGUCACUGCCAACCUUUUUAGCCCUGACCCCACAUCCCGGAGCCCCCGCGGGUCCUCGAGUUCUGGAGCACCCGGGCUGAGGCGUCCAGACAGCGCUUUUCUGGGAGCUCCGGGAAGCGGGAAGACCGUCCCGGGCACCCCGCCUUUCUUCCCAAGAGAAUGCACACCCUGCAUCGCGCUUUCCAGUUCCUCCUGCUCCAGCGUCCUCAGGUCCUUCUUUCUGUCUGUGCCUCUGUCUUUGUUUCAGCCUCUCAGGCUCGCUUGCCCUCUCAUCAGAUUUUUAUGGUCCUGCCCUGUCGUUUCUGGACUCCCAGGUUCUUUCCCCCUUGCCUGCCUCAGCUUUCAUUAGGGCCUCCCCUGGGCUUCUGCCCCAUCUGUGUUAGUCUUCACUCCUGGUUCUCUCUCCUGUUUGCCUGGCUGAGCUGCUUCUUUGGGGUCCUCCUGCCCUGGCACCAGCAGGCGGCUAGUCCUGUGAAAAGCCUUAGUCUCUUUGGCCAGGAUAGGGGGUCCUUGAACUAGUUGCUGUCCUCUUUAGCUGUAGUUUCCUUUCCAAUCCUGGGGAAGGCUUUGUCCCUCUCCCAGUCUGCAUGAUCUCGAGAGCCUGCCUAUGUAGGGUUAAUGUAAGGUGGAGGAUGAGGUACAGGUGAUAAGAUGCAGAGCUGAUGGGAGGGGAUCUCUAAGGUCGGUCAAAGGCUGAGAAGGGGAAGGCUGGAAAUGACUGCCAGGCUUGGAGUGAGUGAAGAGAAACAGAGACAUCAAGUCUCCAGCAGCUUCCUACGUAAAGCUAGGGCGUCCACAACUCAGCUCCGGCACUGUUCAGCGGUCUCCAGGUUAAUUGCUCCCCAUCUGUGAUACACACAUAUAUCCAUAUCUAUUUACUCUGCUGACUGAAGACCUUUAACUACAUGGUUCCUUCUCUCCACCUUGCUGUCUCACUGGGCUUAGGGUCUCCAUUCCUUUCUCAGUCAGGAGACUUUGGGGGCUGGCCCUUUAAGAGCCAAAGUCUAGGACCCUGGGUGUGUUCACGUAGGCUUCAGGUUCUCUUGGGCUGGAAACUAUCCCAUAGAGAUGCUUCCUCCCUGUGGUGGGCCUUCCAAUGCCCCGUUCUGGAAAUCCAAGGCUCAGAUGAGAGCCAGAGCCCUGAGUGUGUCACUGCCGUGGCCUCGGCUGCUACGGUAUUGAUCUCCUAGGUUUGUGUAGGCCCUUUGGUUUGUGUAGGGUUUGGCAAUGGCUGGCCCCCCUGCUCUCUGCCUGGGCCCCCAUUCCCACCCUCCCUGCCCUCUGCUGAAUUUAGUUGGGUUACAGAGCCUAUCUCUAGCCAAGAUUAGGGCAGAGCUCAGAGACAAACCUAGGGGGGUAGCCCAGGAGCUUCUCAGCCGAGUUAGUGGUGCCACCUCCUCACGACUCCUGAGUACCUGGGAAGGGGAUAUGGGGAGUAACAGGGUCAGAGGGGAAGCUGGAAAUAAAGGGGACAGCUGCUCUCUGGUUCCACUCCUCCCUGUUUGUCUGUCUCUCUGUCUCUCUGCAGGAGCUGGGCCCCUUCUCAUCUCUCUUCCUGUCUGUCCUUUCCUGGCCCGUUUCCUCCUCUCUUUGCCUUUGCUGCUUCUAUCCUCAUCCCUUGAAGACCCUGGGCGGCUGGACCUAACCAUCCCUUUGGGGGCCAUGGGAUCACUGCUUGGGUUUCUGGCGCUGCUGCUGCUGCGGGGUGCUGUGGCUGAGGGCCCGGCCAAGAAGGUGCUGACCCUGGAGGGGGACCUGGUGCUGGGUGGGCUGUUCCCAGUGCACCAGAAGGGUGGCCCAACAGAGGAGUGUGGUCCUGUUAACGAGCACCGUGGCAUACAGCGCUUAGAAGCCAUGCUUUUUGCACUGGACCGGAUCAACCGCGACCCCCACCUGCUCCCCGGCGUGCGCUUGGGUGCACACAUCCUCGACAGCUGCUCCAAGGAUACACACGCCCUGGAGCAGGCGCUGGACUUUGUGCGUGCCUCCCUUAGUCGUGGCGCAGACGGCUCACGCCACAUCUGUCCUGAUGGCUCCUAUGCCACCCAUAGCGAUGCUCCGACAGCCAUCACCGGUGUCAUAGGUGGCUCCUACAGUGAUGUCUCCAUCCAGGUGGCCAAUCUGCUGCGGCUGUUCCAGAUCCCACAGAUCAGCUACGCUUCCACCAGCGCCAAGCUGAGCGACAAGUCCCGCUACGACUACUUCGCCCGCACCGUGCCCCCGGACUUCUUCCAAGCCAAGGCCAUGGCUGAGAUCCUCCGCUUUUUCAACUGGACCUACGUGUCUACGGUGGCGUCCGAGGGUGACUACGGCGAGACGGGCAUCGAGGCCUUCGAGCUCGAGGCCCGGGCGCGCAACAUCUGCGUGGCCACUUCGGAGAAGGUGGGCCGGGCCAUGAGCCGCGCGGCCUUCGAGGGCGUGGUGCGAGCCCUGCUGCAAAAGCCCAGCGCCCGCGUCGCGGUGCUCUUCACCCGCUCCGAGGACGCCCGGGAGCUGCUCGCAGCCACCCAGCGCCUCAAUGCCAGCUUCACCUGGGUGGCCAGCGAUGGCUGGGGCGCCCUGGAGAGUGUGGUGGCCGGUAGCGAAGGGGCUGCCGAGGGCGCCAUCACCAUUGAGCUGGCCUCCUACCCCAUCAGUGACUUUGCCUCCUACUUCCAGAGCUUGGAUCCCUGGAACAACAGUCGGAAUCCCUGGUUCCGGGAGUUCUGGGAGGAGAGGUUCCGCUGCAGCUUCCGGCAGCGAGACUGUGCAGCCCACUCCCUGCGGGCCGUGCCCUUUGAACAGGAGUCUAAGAUCAUGUUUGUGGUCAACGCAGUGUAUGCCAUGGCCCACGCUCUGCAUAACAUGCACCGUGCCCUCUGCCCCAACACCACCCGUCUCUGUGAUGCCAUGAGGCCUGUCAAUGGGCGCCGCCUCUACAAAGACUUCGUGCUCAAUGUCAAGUUUGAUGCCCCCUUCCGCCCAGCGGAUACUGACAACGAGGUCCGCUUUGACCGCUUUGGUGAUGGUAUUGGCCGCUACAACAUCUUCACCUACCUGCGGGCAGGCAGCGGGCGCUACCGCUACCAGAAGGUAGGCUACUGGGCAGAAGGCCUGACCCUGGACACCAGCCUCAUCCCGUGGGCCUCCCCGUUAGCUGGCCCUCUUCCUGCCUCUCGCUGUAGUGAGCCCUGCCUUCAGAAUGAGGUGAAGAGCGUGCAGCCGGGGGAGGUGUGCUGCUGGCUCUGCAUCCCCUGUCAGCCCUAUGAGUACCGGCUGGACGAGUUCACCUGUGCUGACUGUGGUCUUGGCUACUGGCCCAAUGCCAGUCUGACCGGCUGCUUUGAGCUGCCCCAGGAAUACAUCCGCUGGGGGGAUGCGUGGGCAGUGGGACCUGUCACCAUUGCCUGCCUAGGCGCCAUGGCCACCCUCUUUGUGUUGGGUGUCUUCGUGAGGCAUAACGACACGCCUGUGGUCAAGGCCUCUGGUCGGGAGCUUUGCUACAUCCUGCUGGGAGGUGUCUUCCUCUGCUAUUGUAUGACCUUCAUCUUCAUUGCCAAGCCUUCCACAGCCGUGUGCACCUUACGGCGCCUCGGUUUGGGCACUGCCUUCUCUGUCUGCUACUCGGCCCUCCUCACCAAGACCAACCGCAUCGCUCGCAUCUUUGGCGGGGCCCGGGAGGGAGCCCAGCGGCCACGCUUCAUCAGCCCCGCUUCGCAGGUGGCCAUCUGCCUGGCACUUAUCUCAGGCCAGCUGCUCAUUGUUGCUGCCUGGCUGGUGGUGGAGGCACCGGGCAUAGGCAAGGAGACAGCCCCUGAACGGCGGGAGGUGGUGACGCUGCGCUGUAACCACCGGGACGCAAGCAUGCUCGGCUCACUGGCCUACAACGUCCUCCUCAUCGCUCUCUGCACGCUAUACGCCUUCAAGACCCGCAAGUGCCCGGAGAACUUCAAUGAAGCCAAGUUCAUUGGCUUCACCAUGUACACCACCUGCAUCAUCUGGCUGGCAUUCCUUCCCAUCUUCUAUGUCACCUCCAGCGACUAUCGGGUGCAGACAACCACCAUGUGCGUGUCGGUCAGCCUCAGCGGCUCUGUGGUGCUCGGCUGCCUCUUCGCCCCCAAGCUGCACAUCAUCCUUUUCCAGCCACAGAAGAAUGUGGUGAGCCACCGGACACCCACCAGCCGCUUUGGCAGUGCUGCCCCGAGGGCCAGCGCCAACCUCGGUCAAGGGUCUGGAUCCCAGUUUGUUCCCACCGUCUGCAACGGCCGGGAGGUGGUGGACUCAACAACGUCGUCGCUCUGAAGACCCCUCACUCCUGCCCUGACAUGGCUGCUCCCGAACCCAGUGUAGACCCUCUUCCUCGGCCAGGAGGAAGUUGGCUGGAGCACUGCAAUAACGCCCACCCCACAUCCGCCCCCAACGUCACUUCCCCACCUACCGGCUUCCCCAGCCCUUUAGGUCAGGAGCCGGAGUCCUUAGCUGGGGAGCCUCUGCAAUGGCCGCCAACUGCCCUUGUAGCAAUGUCUCUUAUUUGCCCAGGCCUGGGACUCAGAAGGGACAGAGUCGGUGUCUGUCGUGUUCUAGAACGACGUGGCUAUAGCAGGCCCAACCCCCAUGCAAAGGUGCUUCCAGUCCAGCCCCUGCCCCAGGCCUUUUUAAUUUUUUUAUAAGUUACUCUGGGAUACAGAGAGAGGAUGGUUACUGUGGGAAUCUUUCCCUCCCCUCCCUACCCAGGAGUUUAUCCCAUGGUUUAUUUUGUAUUAUCUGUAAAUAAAGUGUCUUUAUUUAGA